AUGCACCUUUGCACUAGUGACACCCGCUACCGCGCUGCGCUUCCUGCUGAGUUCUGCGCCAAGAACCCCCCCCCCCCCAUGUACAUCACCCUCUACUACAUAGUCAUCCGGCUCCCUGACUCCCUUCGCUCGGUCAGGGACCACUUCCUCUCUGUUUGCCCCACCACACUCACCAUUGACCUCCUAGAGGAGCGCCUCCUGGCAGGUGAGAAGAGUAUAGUCGCUGUAGGAGCCUCUAGAGGUGACCCGCGUGCCCCUGUCUUUGAGGGGUGCUCCCCCUCCCCCCUUUUGCCCUCUGUUGCCUCUGCUGCUGCCGUCGACUUCGUUGGCACCGAGUCGGUUGGCGCUGCGUCUGCCCCUAGCGGGCGACGCCGCACCGGCAAGGGCAAGGGGGGCAAGGGCGCUGGAGGGGCUGGCGGGGGCGGUGGAGGUGGAGGUGGAGGAGGCGGAGGGAGUGGGGGUGGUGGUGGGAGUGGUGGUGGUGGUGGGGGCUUCGGUGGCGGCAGUGGCGGCGGAGGCAGCGGCAGCGGUGGCGGUGGGGGUUCUUGUCCCUGUACCUACGUCCUCCGUAUCGGCAACCGCGCUGGAGAGCAGUGCGGGGGCCCGCACUCCACCCAGCGCUGCUUCGGCCGCCUGACGGACGCUUGGCGUCACCAGUUCCCUGACGCCAUUGAGAUCCCUCGCUGGAGAGAACUGUCUAGGGCGGGGGUUGCUAUCUUUGAUCUUGACUAUGAUGUUCUUCUUGCUGCCAUGUAUGCUGUGUCUACUAGUGAUGAGGGUGACUGUUACCUGUGUGUUCUGCCUAACCCGGGCAUUGAGGCUGCUGCUCUAGGUGCUGGUGAGGCUGCUGCUCUAGGUGCUAGUGCGUCUGCUGCCUCAGGUGCUGGUGAGUCUGCUCUCUCAGAUACCACGUCGGCUCAGGCCUUACACACCUUCACCCUUGAUUCGGGUGCUUCCCGCUCCUUCUUUCGAGACCGCACCACGCUUACGCCGCUUAGUCGGCUGGUUGCGGUAUCCUUGGCGAACCCCUCUGGGGGUCCUGUCCUUGCUAGCUUCUCCACUAUCUUACCGUGUCCGGCAGCCCCCUCUGGCACCCUGUCAGGUCUCUUCCUUCCCUGA